AUGCUCAACUUCCCAAAGUACGCUCGGAGAAGGAGGAGCGCAUUCGAUAACCGCAUCAAGUGCACCGGGAUGCUGUUAGACCCACUUGCAAUUUUGGCUGUUCUCCAAAAAUUCCUCGAACCCUACAUCAAUCGGGGCAUCAACGCUGUAAUCAGUCGACACAUGGACGAAUUCUUUUCGAUUACUUUCAAGAACAUUCGUUCAAAUUUCGGCGAAUCCGCCCUAACUGAUGGGGACCUACGACUUUUGCAGUACAGCUUAAUGAAAAGUGCUGCCGCCCAGUUUCGACCGCCCUCCCACCAGUCCGACAAACAAUCAUCCCUACAUCUGAAUGGGGAUCAACAUCCUAAUUCCCAGUCCGCGCCGUAA